CAAACAUUUGUUUUUCAGUUCGUUGCCGACGAUGGAUUAGCACUUGUGAUAAUCUUGCUUCAGCUAAUAAGUUUCCUUGCGCGCAACGUUGCAGCGAGAUCAUAAACUUCCAAGAAGUUGUAUCCAAUAGAUGUUGCUACCGACAAUUCAUUAAUACGCCUCGCAGCCCCAUUGAGGAGAUCUAGUUUAUUUGGUUGUCUGUGCUGCAAUAUCUGACUUGACUAAUGAUUUUAUCUAUUGUUUGAGCCUGAUUCAUUAUAAUUUCUGUCGUUAAAGCCAAAAGAACGAAAAGGACAUAUCAUGGAUAUCGCUCAGAAGAGGUUCGAACUGGAAAAUGCUGUUGUGGAGUCUGAUUGGACCUGGGAUGAAGAUGCUGCGGACGAGCUCUAUCACGCCGCUCCUUGGAAGCAGGAUCCGCACUUUUUCAGGCAAGUAAGAAUAAGCGCCGUAGCUUUGUUGAAAAUGGUGAUGCAUGCACGAUCCGGCGGGAACAUCGAAAUAAUGGGUCUUAUGCAAGGAAAAGCAACAGCAGAUGGAAAGUUUGUCGUCAUGGACGCUUUUCCACUUCCGGUCGAAGGCACGGAAACAAGAGUACAGGCGGGAAACGGUAUUCAUUGUUAAACUUGUUUGAAUUUAAAUCUAAAAGACCCUGAACUGCGAAGACUUCUGAGCUUCGUUGAUUAGGUUUGGCCAGUAAUUAUUCAUCUUCUUGUCCAGGAAUAUAUAAAAACUUUUGAACAUGAUCAGCUGCCAACGAGUUUAUGUGCAUGUUUAAAGAGCUGAGUGAGCAGAUAGGGAAACAGGAGAGCAUUAUGGGAUGGUAUCACUCGCACCCCGGCUACCGGCCUUGGCUUUCCGGCAUCGAUGUUUCAACCCAGCGUCUUUACCAAAAACACCAAGAACCUUUUCUGGCCGUUGUAAUUGAUCCGCAUCGAACCUGCGCCGCCGGAAAAGUAGAUAUUGGUGCGUUCCGCACGUACUCGGAGGAGCACGCAGCGGCAAUGGCUCGCAAUGGAGGCGCAGCGUCGUCGUCCUCAUCGCGGGGUAGUGGUUUACCGUUGGAGAAGAUCCAAGAUUUUGGCGUUCACGCGAAUGAGUACUACCCGAUACCGAUCGAAUACUUCAAAAGCAAAACAGACAGUGCAAUACUAGCGACGCUGUGGGAACGCUACUGGCAAGAGACGCUAUCGGCAAACCCGUUGACAUCCAAUGUUGACCAGACGACUCAAGAAGUGCGGGAAAUAUCAAGUAAACUUUCCAUGUGUCCUUUAUGCCGGCCGCUGAACAUGCGGGAGUCGAGGCAGGACGGCGAUAGUGCGGGAGCAGCGAUGGGGGCAGUCGGUGGACCAGGUACAAACAUUUUCAUUUAUGGCUUAUGAUGGAAAUGAAAUCUUCAUUAUAGAGGAUAGAAAUAGAAUCUUCAUUGCUUUUUUUUUGGUCUUCCAAAAGAGAAGUGUUUUUAAACAGGAAACCUUUUAGCUUAGUUUCUUUUUUAGAUGCUAUUGUCAGCACCUCCCACGACGUGCAGGUAAUUCAUCUCUCGUGGGCGUAGCACAGGACGGUGCAGCAUUAAGCGUUGAUCUGCUCCAGGGGAUGCUCACGCACGUCUCAAAAUUCGUCCUUUUUCAGACCCCAACUCCAACAAUAUGUCCACCCGCUUAUUGAUUUAUAACAUGUCUACGCUAGAGCUCUCUGCUGUCGGGGCUUUCCUCACUUCUGGAUUUUUUAUUGAUCUUGAACAGUUUUGGAUUCUCCAUGUCCUCGCGCAACACGACAAUGCGUUCUGGCGUCUAACGCGAAGAGCAAC